GAACGGAUAGCACGCAUGCGUAGAUGAAGCAGUACUGUCUCAAUGGCCGAAAAUGCAUAAAUUAAAGUCGUCUCAAAAAGAGAAGGUAAAACAAUUCAUCGCAUUUACGCAGACAGGAGAGAAGACUGCUAUCUACUGCCUAGCACAACACGAUUGGAAACUUGAUGUUGCAUCGGACAAUUUCUUUCAAAAUCCUGACAUGUAUUACAGAGAGCCGAAAGGAGCUGUCGAUCGAAAAAAGCUGGAGCACCUCUUCAACAAAUACAGAGACCCACAUGAACCUGAUAAGAUGACCGUCGACGGCAUUUCAAAGCUGCUGGAAGAUCUCAACCUAAAUCCAGACAGCAAGCUGGUCCUCAUACUUGCGUGGAAAUUCAAGGCAUCAACUCAGUGUGAAUUUACUAGGGAUGAAUUUAUGAAUGGAAUGACUGAACUGGGAUGCGACAGCAUUGAAAAGCUAAAAAACAAGCUGGUAUCCUUAGAACCGGAGCUGAAAGAGCCAAUGAAGUUUAAGGAUUUCUACAACUUCACAUUCAACUACGCAAAGGAGGCAGGCCAGAAGGGCUUGGAUCUGGAUGUUGCCAUAAUCUACUGGAACAUAGUGUUUCCCGGCAAGUUCAAGUUCUUAAACCUGUGGUGCCAAUUUCUCCAGGAGCACCACAAAAGGUCCAUACCAAAGGAUACCUGGAACUUGCUGCUCGACUUCAGUGCAAUGAUAUCCGAUGACAUGAGUAACUACGAUGAAGAAGGUGCUUGGCCAGUGUUGAUAGACGACUUCGUGGAGUGGGCGCGACCCGUGGUUCAAAAUUCCAAGAGCAACGGCAACAACAACAACACGUUUCAGUGAGGACGGAGUGUACGCUCAUGUAAAUAGGUCCAUCUGCACCCAUCGCAGCGAAAGACUGUUCUUGCCACGCUCCCGUUACUUCAAGCUCCAAACCACGUGUACAUAGCAUGCAUGCAGAACCGUUUACAGCCUAGGGAGAUAGCUCGCAAAAACAAUACAAGAAGUUUAGGCCGGUACGCUAAUUUAAAUGGUGUGUGUGGAAUGGGUGGAAUAAACCUAGAGAACAAGCGCUUUCUUUUUCCCCCUCCCCGAGGAGAGUUGAAUGGUUGCUUCGUUUUUUUUCCCUUCAGUUUUGUGUACAAAUGCACUUUUAACCAUUAGUGACGUGAUUUUAAUGGAACACCAUCGUGAAGGAACGGCACGAAUAAAUGCUUUAUUGACAUUUGAA